UUUUCAACUAAGUCAACAUCACCGAGGAAAGCACAUAUAAUCUGCAAUCUGAAGCUGUACUCACGCACGAAAUUUUGGUUAGGAGGGUUAUCUACAUCAGCAUACUUUCAUGGGAUAAAAUUACCGCUAAGCAAAAGCAAACCUCACACUGACGCCCAACCACAUCUAAUUCUGAUGCAGCCAUGAUCAGUCGACACUCCACCCUCUACCCUCAAGAUGAAUAUUUUCAAAUACCCAAAUUCCUUCCUCCAGACAUCCCAAUCAUUCCCUUCCAUCAACAUCCAUAACAUUAUACCCUAUUUCCAAAAUCAAAAUGCUCAACUUCAAACCCAACCUCCUCCACAAACUCCCCCACCCCAAUCGAACAACAUCCUCCUCAAUAAUCAAACUCAUCCUCUUAUGUCUCCUCAGCUUCACCCUCCUCACACCGUGUCUAGCAGACCGCAGCGACACCAAAAUAGCCAACGCCACCGUGACCUACGACUGGGAGACCCCCGACCAGAACCUCACAGUGAUCUGGGAUUGGGAUAUGGCCGAGACCGUGAGGGUAUCUGCUGGGCAUAGUAGGGCUCUUCGAAGCCUGUGGGAGGGAGGAUAGGGAUUAUUGUUCUGGGUGCUGGGGUUGUUGGGGCUUUUUCGGUUUGGUGAGAUUUGGAUACAGGUCAUAUGAACCUGAGUUUAUUGCUGGACUUGUGUCUUUUGGUCUGACUACUGUUCAAUUUAGGAGAGUUGGAGUCGCUACUAUAUUCGUAUACACAGUGGGAAGGAAGUAGGAAUAGACUUGAAGUUCUAAGAGUAU